AUGUACAUCAAGUCUAUGGUGAUUGAUGGAUUUAAGUCCUACUGUCAACGCACUGAGAUCCCUGGAUUCGAUGUUCAAUUUAAUGCAAUAACUGGCCUUAAUGGGUCUGGCAAAUCUAACAUUCUAGAUGCAAUUUGUUUCCUGUUGGGUAUUACAAACUUGUUUCAUAUUCGGGCAUCCAAUUUACAAGAACUUGUUUAUAAAGGUGGUCAAGCUGGUAUCACCAAAGCAACUGUCAGCAUUGUUUUUGACAACACCGACAAAUCCGUUUCACCUUAUGGCUAUGAACAGUUUGACGAGCUAACGAUAACUCGCCAAGUGGUUGUUGGUGGCAAGAAUAAAUACUUGAUUAAUGGGACAAAUGCUACAACCACCCGAGUGCAGGACCUUUUUCACUCUGUGCAACUGAAUAUUUUAUCUCUUUUGGAAGAGGCAGCAAGUACAAAGUUGUAUGAGAGUAAAAAGGAGGCUGCUCUUAAGACGAUUGAAAAGAAGGAUAGCAAACUUCGAGAAAUUGACAGAGUUUUAUACGAAGACAUCACUCCGACAAUUAGAAAACUUCGCGAAGAGCGUAGCAGCUACUUGGAAUACCAGAAGGUCGUUCGUGAAAUCGAACAUCUCUCCAGACUCAUUGUGGCGUAUGAUUUUACUCGUCUUGAGGAAGCUAAACAGCGCAGCAAGGAUGAUCUUGUCAGACUGGAAACAAAUCUUUCGUCUGCGAAGGAGAGCCUUGAACAGUUGAACGCACAAAAGGCUGAGGUUGACCAAAACAUCGUUAAUCUAACAGAGGAGCGCCAAACGUUGCUAGGCUCCGCACUAGAGGAAGCAGAGCGGCUACUGACAGAGCGUCAGAAGGAGGAGGCGGUGGUAGCGGGCGCAUCAACUCGCGCUGUGGAGCACCUGUGUGCUGCGAAGAAGCAGCUUCGCUCCCUCGACCUCCAGUCGGCCGAGGUAGCCACCCAUUUGGCAGCUAAGCAGCGUGCCGCUGAGGUCGCUGCCGGCGCCGAGUUCCAUGACCUCGAGGAGGCUGCAAAGCAGGCGCAGGACGCUCUCACCGAAGCACAGGCAAAUUUGGCUGCGACCACCUCGGGUCUCGGUGGUGGUGGGUCAUCCUCAAAGCGUGCUGGAGGCCUGGCGGAGCAGGCUCGCAUGGCGGAAGGUCAUCGAGUGGCGGUGGAGACGGAGUUGCGUCAGCUGGAGAUGCGGGAGGAUCAUCUGUCAAAGGAAUUGGCGAGUGGGGAGAUGAAGCUUGCAGCGAUGGAAGCGAAAAGUGGGAAGGAAGGGCAGGCAGAGGCACAGAAGCGACGCCAGCUUGUGGAGCAGAUAACGAAAGUGAACGAACAGUUAGAGGAUAUCCGCAGGGCGGAUGAAGAGGCAGGUGGUGAUGAGGCUGCAAUUACCAACAGAUACAAUGAAGAAGCAAAAGCGACACGUCUGUUGCAGGCUCGCUGCGAUGAGUUGGGACGUCAGUUUCAUCAGCUACAGUUUGAAUACACCGAUCCGACGCCAAAUUUUGAUAGGAGGCAGGUCUAUGGUGUGGUGGCAAAGCUGUUUGACCUCGUCGAUCCCAAAUAUGCCACUGCUAUUGAAGUUGCCGCUGGUGGGAAGCUGUACAACGUAGUGGUGGACACCGAGACGACGGCAAAGGCACUGUUGGAGAGGGGACAGUUGGCGCGGCGAGUAACAAUGCUACCGCUCAAUCAGAUGCGCGGGUCUCCGGUGCCAGCGGAGGUGGUGCAGCGAGCUGAAGCUUUGGUGGGCGCGGAGAAUGUCGCACCCGCUCUCUCCCUGAUUCGCUACCCUCCCCAUCUCAGACCCGUCAUGGAAUUUAUCUUCGGCGGUCUCCUUGUCUGUCCCACCCUCGACUACGCUCGUCGUGUUGCCUUCCAUCCGGGGGUGGAGAGACGCACCAUCACCUACGACGGUGAUAUGUUCGACCCACAGGGUACACUGUCAGGUGGUUCACGAACAAGCGGUGGCGGCGAUACUGCAGCCAGUUUGCUGAUUCGCGUGGCACAGUGGCGUGCAGCGGAAUGUGAAGCGGUGGAAGCCACGACUCGCGUUCGGGCGACGCAAGAGGCACGUGAGGCCGCGGUGGAGCGCGCACGCCGACGUGCUGACCUCGCCGAGACCCUUGAUCGCGCCCGCCACCAACUGGCGCUCGUUGAAACCAACCUUCGCCAGUCGGACACUCACCGUCUUCGCUCCGAUCUGGAACGUCUGAAGGAGGAACUCACGGAGGUGGGGGAGUCGCUGAAGCGCGGUGCUAUGCGUUUAACGGAGGCAAAGAAAGCGGCGGCGGAGGCGCAGUGGCGGGUGGAGCACGCGCAAGAGGAGGAGGCGCGGGCGCUGCGCGAGGCGGAGGCCGCGGUUCAAGUCGCCCGGAAGCGUGCCGACGCGGCGGAGGAGACACUGCGGCAGAAACAACGUCUUAAGGAGACCCUUCGUCUUGAGGCCGACGAACUGGCUCGUGAGUUGGAGCAGAUAAAGGGCAGGACCCUCCUGCUGACCGACUCUUCUCCUCACAAAGAAUUUGGCUUUUCUCGGAUCCGUAUUCUUUCGUUUACUCCUAUGCCUGAUGCUGAAGUCAACCUUGCGGCUUCAACGGAGCUGAGUCGUGGCGAGGUGGCGAGCGCCGAGGCGGCAGUGGCAACUACGGAAGAACAGUUGAAGACUGCGAAGGCGGCGCUGACGGAGGCGCGGGCUCGGGUAAAGGAGCAGCAGCGACUUGCAGACGCUGCCGCCGCGGCCAUCCAGACGGCCAAAAAUGAAGCCGGACGCCUCAAGGAGGCAAUUUCCGCCACCACCUGCGAAAUCGAUCGUCUCACCCAUGACGUCGAUAUCCACAGCAGGGAGAGCAAGGAGGCUACCGUCAAGCUUGCACAAAUGCUGGAAUCGAACACGUGGAUAGCGGAGGAGCGUCACCACUUCGGUGUAGCAAACGGGCCCUUUGAUUUCGGCAAGCGGGACCCCAGUGAGGCUCGUCAGCGCGUGGCUCAGUUGAGCGAGCGACGCGACAAGCUGAGCCGCACGGUGAACAUGCGUGCGAUGAAUAUGCUGGGCACUGCGGAGGAACAGUAUGCUGACCUUCUGCGCCGCCGCGAGAUUGUGCUGGCGGAUAAGCGCAAGAUCCAGGCGGUCAUUGAUGACCUGGACGCACGCAAAGAGCAGGUGCUGCGUGCCGCUUAUGAUAAGGUGAAUGCGGAAUUCAGCAACAUUUUCUCUUCCCUCCUGCCUGGCACCCGUGCCCAACUUGUACCCCCAGAAGGACAGACCAUUCUAGAGGGUCUGCAGUUCCGUGUGGCAUUUGGCGACACCUGGAAGGAGUCACUGAGUGAACUCUCUGGGGGACAGAGGUCGCUGGUGGCCCUGGCGCUGAUUCUGGCCUUGCUGCUCUUCAAGCCCGCGCCCAUCUACAUUCUGGACGAGGUAGACGCUGCACUAGAUCUCUCACACACCCAGAAUAUCGGCCAGUUGAUCAAGAACCAUUUCAAUAAUGCUCAGUUUAUAGUAGUCUCCCUGAAGGACGGGAUGUUCAACAAUGCCAACGUCCUCUUCAAGACUAAAUUCGUGGAUGGUGUCUCCACGGUGACCCGGCACACGCCUUCCACCCCCUCCUCCGCUUUGGCUUCGGCGGCAUUGCGCCCCACGAAGGCUAGUGGCGAUGCGCGGCCCCACCAAAUCGGCAGUCGCCGCAAGUUGGCUGCCUAG